CAGACUGCCAGGGAAAUCUUUGUUUGGCGCCGGGAGGAUUUCACACACGUCAUUUGCACUUUCCAUGCUGAAGAAAGUUCUAAAGGCAUCUGACCUUCACUGGGUGCAAUGACGGAAACGUGCCAAGACAUCCUGCUGACGAUCUUGGAGGAGCUGGUAGAGGGACAGAGAAAGAAGUUUAAAUUGAAACUCAGUGACACUGAACUGAGGAAGGGCUAUGCAAACAUUCCCAAAGGACAUCUGGAGAAAGCUGAUGUAACGGACAUGGUUGAUCUGCUGAUUAGAUACUACCAACAGGAGUAUGCUGUGGAGGUGGUGAUAAAUGUGCUUCAUCAAAUCAAUGAUAAGGAUCUGGCUGAAAGGUUGAGAAGAAAGUCAGCUGAAGUAUGGAAAACCAGACCUGUUUCUGUAAAGCCCCCUGACAUUGACCACAGAGCGAACUAUAUGGCCUCUGUGAAGGAAAAAUUUAGAAGAGUGAAGGAUUAUAAUUCCAGGCCAGGAGAAUGGGUAUCUUUGGAAGACCGCUACACAAAGCUCUUUAUAGUAAAAAAACACCAUCAAGCAGAAGAUAAAGAACAUGAGCUACUGUCUAGAGGAAAAAGACACAUGGAUAUCAUGAGGAAGCCGAGCAGCUUUGCGGAUUCCCAUGUUAAUGUGGAACAUCUUUUUGACACAUUAUCAGAUGGCACAAUAACCAGAAAAGUGAUCUUACAAGGAAUAGCAGGGAUUGGAAAGACCGCUACAGUUGGCAAAAUUAUGUAUGAUUGGUCAUCUGGGAGGCUUUAUGGGGGCAGAUUUGAUUAUGUUUUUCAUUGGAGCUGCAGGGACCUAAACCAAAGAACAGAAAAACUGAGCCUAGCUCAAUUAAUUUUACAAAACUGGGGACAUCCAAAGCCAGAGAUAGGGGAAAUUUUAUCUUACCCAGAAAAAGUCUUGUUCAUCAUCGACGGCUUUGAUGAACUCAGGUUUCCUGAGGAUUAUGAUAAAAGUAAAAGCUUAUCCUGUGAUUUGGACAUGCCUCACUCAACAGCAGUGGCUGUGGUGGAAAGUCUCCUCAGCAGCCAGAGCCUUUCAGAAGCAUGCCUUCUUGUCACAACGAGACCCUUAGCCAUAGUAAUGCUGGAGACCCAUAUGAAAGCUGACCUCUGGGCAGAGAUUGUGGGCUUCUUGGAGGAAGACAGAAAGGAGUUUUUCAAGAAGUUCUUCAAAGAUGAAGAAAAAGCAGCUUUUGCCUACAGUUAUAUUCAAGAAAAUGAUGUAGUGUUCGCCAUGUGUUUUGUUCCCCUCAUCUGCUGGAUUGUCUGUACAACCCUGAACCUUCAAUUGAGGUAUAGCGAAGAGCUCGAUCAGAAGGUGAGCACAACCACCGAAAUAUUUACCUAUUUUGUGGCCACUUUAUUGCAGUCCCAUGAUCGCACACAGACAUCCACACAAGACCUUUUUCACAACCUUGGAUCAUUGGCCAAUGGCGGUGUGAGGGACCAGAAAGUGCUGUUUGAUGAGAGUAUGCUGAGAAAGUAUAACUUGGAGGUGUCAAAAGGUCCAUCAACUUUCCUCACAGAAUUGCUGCAGGCAGACAUUUUUGUGGAAACUAUCUAUAGCUUUGUGCAUUUGACUGUGCAGGAACUGUUUGCUGCUUUGUUCAUCUUCUGGAACAAGGAGAAAGCUUCUGAGCUCUUGAAAGAAGCCUUUGUGGAGAACAAAAGCCAUUUGAUCUUAACUGUUCGCUUUCUGUUUGGAAUGAACAAUGACAAGUCACUAAAGCCUUUGAAAAGGUACUAUGAAACCAGCAUGGGCAUCUCAAAGGAUGAGCUGCUGAAAUGGACUAAGAAAGCAUUGCUUAUUUGCCAGGAACAGGGCGAGGAGAGCCGUCUCCUCCUGGAGCUGUUGCAUUGUUUAUUUGAGAUUCAGGAUGAGGAGUUUGUCAGAAGUGCUUUGGAGGAGAUGAAGGAAGUGGUCUUCCUGGAGAACAGUCUAGGACAGGAUGACCAACAGGUGAUCCUAUACAGUUUGCAGCAUGCCAAGGAAUUCAGUCAGCUGAAAUUGGGCAGUCUGAAAGAGAGAAACAUGAUCAAACUGGUUCCGUUGCUAGGGAAAUGCAAACAGAUCCAUUUUAACGCCUCUGGAAUCUCAUUGUCUACGGUACUCAAGGUGUGUGCUCACCUUUUACAAAAGCUUAGAAUGACCAGACUGCAUGUGGAGCACGAAGCAGAAGAUGAAAUGUAUUUUACAGUGGAAGCGAGCUGUGAAAGGGGCCUUUGCACAAUAACUUUAGAUAACCUUCCUGAAGACACUGCCAUUGUGAUUUGUGACCACGUUAUUCCAGCUCAUCCUGGCAUUGUCACCCUUGAUGUGAACGGGAUUCGGGGAAGCAAGGAAUUUGUAAAUAGCCUGAAGAACAGUCUUCUGGACUCGGACUGCAGACUGGAAUCAGUGGGCUUCAACAUUGAGAAUCCCACACUCCAGGCUUUCCAGGACAUCUGCCAACAUCUUGCUACUUGCCAUAGCCUGAGAAAAUUCCUCUUAUUCCGAAGGUAUGAGGAGGAUGAAAUACACUUUGGAUAUGAGGCAAAGGAUGAGGAGAAGAGUGGCAACAGACUCCAAAAGAAAAAGAAGACUCAGAAGAGAAAGAGAAAGAAUGAGGCACUGAAAAAGUGUUUUCCCUGGCCAUGUUUAAUAAGGAAAACGAGAGAGAAAAAGGAAAAGAAAAAGGACUGCAUUGCUGUCCUCUCCUGUCUCCCUGAAGAGUAUUUUCUUGAGCUCACCAAGUGGGUCACCUCCACGUUCAUUCCACUAAUCUUGUGCCUGGAUGAAAAUUCCAUCAAUGAUGAGCAGAUGAAAACAAUAUGCGAAAAUCUGAACAGUACUGAUUAUCAGCUUCAGUCACUGAGCCUUCGCUCUUGCAGCAUAACCCACGAGAGCAUGACUAAUAUCUGCUCGCUGUUCUUCUGCAACACAGCAGUCUCCUUGGACCUGCAGAGCAACCCCGUGGGGGAUGAAGGAGUUAAAAUACUUGCGGCGUGCCUGAAGAGUAAAAGUUGCUACCUAGAAAAACUGAGCUUAUCAAGUGCUGAUCUCACAGAAGACUGUGUCCCUGCCAUCACCUCUCUGUUUUCCCAGAAGAACACCCUGAUUUGGCUUGACCUGAGCUUUAAUAACCUUGGAGAUGUUGGAGUGAAAGCCUUGUGCUCUGCCCUGAAAGAUAAGGAGAUCCAUCUUGAGAAGCUAAUCCUUGAAGACAAUGGCAUCACUAACAACUGUGAGCAGGAACUCAUCCAACUCAUUGAAAACACCCUGUCUCUGAAAUACCUGUGUUUGGAUGAUAAUAAGUUUACAUCCACCUCCAGAGCUCGCAUCUAUGAUGUAUGGGACAAGUAUCAUGAUGAGGAGGAGGAGGUGGAGGAAGACUGACUGUGAAUCGCAGGCACUGCGCUCAAUUCUCCCUUCUUGGCUGUGAAGGCUGGAAACGGGCUGAAUCCCCCUACCGUGGUUGGUGCCUGAGGUUUCCCGGAGUCUAGGAAUCCAGCUCUGAUGCUGAGACCACCAAGCUCCAUCCUGGAGAAAGAGCUUCCUCCUCUCACCGGAGUAAUGUUCAGGCAAGAGGCCCAAUCCUGCACCCACUGAUGUCAAAGGGUAUUUUGCCAUUGACUUCUAAUGAGAGCAGCCAAUGAAUACAUCUCUGUAACAAUGCCAGGGUCAGCUCCUUCUCUCCUCCAGGAAAACCAGGUGGGAGGAAUUCUCGGCAAGAGUUCCCUCACAGUGUUUCCUAUCAGAUUACUCCAUGGUGGGUUUCUAUCCCCCCUCCUCCUACAGCAUAUGCGGGUGGUUCCUUCCACCCUCGGGACCAGUAACUCCCUUGACAGGCACCAGAGGUAAAGG